AUGGGAAGGAUGGCAUGCUGUGAGAAGGUAGGGUUCAAGAAAGGACCAUGGACACCAGAAGAAGACAAUAAGCUCCUUGCAUAUGUUGAAAAACAUGGCCAUGGAAACUGGCGUUCAGUACCUGCCAAAGCAGGUCUGGAAAGAUGUGGAAAGAGUUGCAGAUUGAGGUGGAUUAACUACCUCAAACCUGAUAUAAAAAGAGGAAACUUCAGCACGGAGGAAGAUCACACCAUUAUUCAACUCCACGCUCUUCUGGGAAACAAAUGGUCAAUCAUAGCACAUCACCUGCCCCAAAGAACAGACAAUGAAAUCAAGAAUUAUUGGAACACCAAUGUCAAGAAAAGACUCAUCAGAAUGGGGUUAGAUCCCCUCACUCACAAACCAAUAAAAAGGAACACCUUUGAAGACUAUGGUGGUGGUGGUCAUCACGUGCAGUCCAAGGACACCAUCAACAUGGAUCACGUGGCUCAAUGGGAGAACGCUCGACUUGAAGCUGAAGCCAGAGGAUCUAUGUUGCAAGUUGAAUCUCACUCCUCACAUCACCCUCAGCUAAUGUUGAGCAAAAUCCCAACACAACUUUCUCCUUCCUCUUCAGAUUCACUAUCUACCAAACACAACACAGUAUAUAACAUGUAUGACCUUAUAUUUGCCGAAAAUCAUGACCUUCCAUCAGAAGUAUCCACGUUGAGCAUCCCCAAUAUGAAACAAUUCACCGACACGGGAACAUCACUGUCUUCUGAGGGUGAUUUUAAUGUGACUGAAACCAGUUUUCAAAUAAUAGAAGACCGUGUGUCAAACUUGGAAGAUGAUGAUGACAUCACGAUGGCUGUGGAAGCAUUUACAACCGAAAGAUGUGAGAGCAUUCAAGAGUUGCUAAGGGGUUCCACACUGACAUGGUAG